AAAUUUGCAUGCGCCACUAACGGGCUGGGGUCGCCCAAGACAGCCUACAGGCGCUUUAGGAAGCACCUAAAAAAAAAAGUCUCUACGCACUUACUACCGUAAAAAGUGCCUUUGGUAAUCAAUGCCUACCGUACACAGACUCGUGGGAUAUCGCUAGACUGACCUUGUGUCAAAUAGGAAACUAUACCUACUCCGUGAGAUUGAAUCAAGGCCUACUACCUCCAUAGCCCGUGCACACCAACUCCGGCUAUACGCACAUGUGGCGCACUACGCAGAAGUCGACCAUGCUUACCAGGUCGUUUCUGUAGAAGACUAGCCCAAGUAAUAGAGGCCAAGGGGGCACCCAUAAAGUUCGUUGCUUGAGCAAGUCGAUGAAUCAUGCUAUGAGUCACUUAGGAUGGAAAGAGGGCAGGAAUGGAGACUUGCCUAGAGGAACACCAGGGUUUGGCGUCCCAGGUGGGUGAGGCGACGCGCCCCCCGGUGUAUGCCGCUAUUGAUUAAUUGAACAUUGCUCGAGGAUAUUCUUAAUCACCUUUAAUCGUCUUCCCAAGUAUGGCCUGUCUCCUAUGCCGGAAAAAAAAAGAGGGGGCGUCAUGGCGGUGGUGCCAUCUUUGCAAUGGUAACGUUUCCUUUUAUUCAACAAGGAAAUUGAAUUAUAGAAUGCGGUCACACCCCAUCAACAUUCCUUACCCCUCCUCUCUCCUCUCCUUCCCUUGCCUGUGUGUUCCCCUGCCAUGGAUCAUCAUCUCUCCCCUCCACUUUGUUAAACAAUCUCGCCCACACAGAUUAAAGUGUAAAUACUUAAUUUUUUUCUGUUCUUAGUUAAAGCUAUAUAUUUACUGCAAUGAUAAACGUCGUAAAAGCACAUAUUGCAAUAUGUGUUUUCAUGCUUUUCCAAGGGGACUGUGUGUGGAAGUGUAAAAAUUUCUCCUAUAUACAUACACUCGCACAGCUCUAUUCGCCUUCCCUUCCCCUUGCAAAGCACCACUCCGGGGCAUCCCACGAGGAGUGUUAAGGAGUGAAGGUGUUCGUGGAGGCGUGGGUGGCGGUGGAGGGGGGGGGUCUUGUGAGGCCUGAACUCCAGCAGGUCGUCAGCCUUCAAUACCAUGAUUUCCCACCGGUGAGGGGCGGCGUGGGAGACAAGUGGGGGUGCGCGAACUCUCUUUCUCAGGGCUCAUUUGUCUCCUCUUACAGGAUCUAAACCCUUAAUCAUGAACGACAAGUGCUCCUCCUCUUUCCAUCGCUCAGCUCAUCCACCUUAGCUUCUUACCUGUCUUACUGAACGUCGAUGUGGCAAUGAAAAAAGGGGGCUGUAUCAAGGGGGGUAUGUUACAGCAGCUGGAAGAGGGGGAGGAGAAAGAGGAGGAGCAGGAAGAGGAGCAGGAGGAGGAGCAGGAGGAAGAGGAGGAGGAGGAAAAGCAGCAGUCGGGAAAAAGGAUAUGAAUAUACCAGGAAAUAUAUUAAAUAAUUUCCUCCCGAUGUUUUUAGUCUCAUUUACCGUCCAUUGUCGUGGGUGGCGGACGAGGGAGGCGUACGUAACGUGUGGGUGUGAGGGGGUCAGGAGGGUGGGGAGGGGGGAAGAGGAGAAUGAGGGAAACCUAGGAGAGGUAGAGGAGGAAGAGGAGGAGGAGGAGCAGGAUAAGAGGCGAGCGUGGAGGGAGAGUGCCUCAUUCCCGCCUGGCUGGGGAAGACGGAGGAACAGAAGGGUGAGGAGACGCGCGCCCCAGCACUCCAACGCCGUCGCCGCCGCCGCCGCCGCCGCCAACUGUCGCUAGCCUCGACGUCACUUCGCGCCGCACCGAUGAAGGAAAGCCUCGUUGGCGUUGUGUUGACUGGACUCUUGGCGUUGGGGGUGCUUGGGGUUGUGGCCGCUGAUCCGGGCUACGAGCGGGGCCAGGCUCAGCCCUUCUGGCCCGUCGUGAAGCGGGGGUACUGGGAGGAUCCUGACGACCCGGGCCAGCCAGAGGCACUGCAGGUAAGGCGUGGGGGAGCGAGGCACACAUCAGAGACACUUCAGGUGCAGGACAAGCGCGGCUUCGGUUCCAUGAUGCCCGCGUACCUGCUGCAGCUGUACCGCCCCGACCAGCCGCUCAUCAACCCCUCCCUCCUCUUCGCCCGCUCCUCCUCGGGCCGCGUCAGGGGCAGCAACAGCGACCAGGGAUGAACGCAGGAUCCCGCCGUCCCUUUCAUCUGCACACCUUAGCCCGGGAAUCCCCGCCGCUACCCCCUCAUAAGAUGGCUAUAAAAAUUUGUCAUUCUCUUCCCCGUGCUGUUUCUUCUUCCCUUCACUGCUAAUACCUUCUGUUAGACUCCACCGUUGAAGACAAACUAUUUAUUUUAAACCUUUGAAGACGACUAUUUAUUCUAAUUUCUUGUGGCAUCAACUUUUAUUGCAAUUAUCAUUUUAACGAGUAUUAAGUAAUAAAUAAGUAAUGAGUAUUAAGUAAGUUUUCUUAAUCUGGGAUGAUCAUUUUGAUUUCAACAUCUCUGCAUAAUUAGUGGUAAUGUGAAACUUGCAAAAGGGUGUUAACAGUCGCGUACUGCCACUAUUUUUCUGUUUUACUUCCACUUACGCGACCGCCACCCGAUGUCGACGGGAAGUAUGUCAAGCACGUCUCAUUCCUCAGACCAACUUUUGUUUUUCUCGAUUAUAAGGUAAAGGAAAAUACAAGUUCAUAAUAUCUUUGUGUUGUGUCAUAUGCCAUUUGUUGUGCUCCCGGUUACAUAUUUCAGUUUUCUAUGAGAGAGAGAGAGAGAGAGAGAGAGAGAGAGAGAGAGAGAGAGAGAGAGAGAGAGAGAGAGAGAGAGAGAGAGAGAGAGAGAGAGAGAGA